CGAGGAACCAGUACACUAUUGCAUCACUAUAUUCUCUGUGUGGGAGAAAGACAGGAAAGAGUUGUGGAUGGUUGAUCUGCAUGCGUUUCCUGUCUGGUUUGUGCACAUUCGGGUGUGGUCUGUUGUGUAAUGCAUUGCGUUGUGUUGUUGUGUUGUUGUGGUCGUGAGAGUGUUCAGUGGGCUGUAGUGAAGAGCAGGUAUAGGAGGGGCUCUAUCUGCAGUGCUGUUUCUGUAUGUAGUGAGGAGGUUCUGGAAUUCAUUAAGAAUGCAGAUUUGUUUUUAUCUGCUGCUUGUGCUCCACAUUGCUGAAGGCUGCACUCUGGAAAACAGCAGAACAACAUUGCCAAUCACAGCUCAUACAGGAGGAUCAGUACUGCUGCCCUGCUACUGCACUGACCUACACACCAAACCUGAGACAUUCACCUGGAACAAAUACAACACAAGCACAUGGGAAAUCAUAUACAAUAAUAGUGGUCGGUACAAAGACAGAAUUCAGCUGGUUAAUGGUCACUCUCCAGGAAAUCUCUCUCUACUCAUAUCACAACUGACCAAAGAGGAUGGAGGAGACUACCAGUGUAACGUUAAAAACAGUGAAUACAUAUAUUUUAGGCUGAUCACUGUUGAAGACAAGUCAAGACAAGGGUCCCCAACUAAAGCGACUGAAACUUCUACUCCAGUGGUCUACAGCAGAGCUGAACCUUCUACAAUGAUGCCUUUUCAAAAUGAUCCACCCGACCCAGACACCCAAACAAAUACAUACUCUGAUUUCUUUAUUUAUGGUGCUGUGGGGGGUUUGCUGCUUUUGAUGCUAAUCGGAGGGGUCAUCUGCUGGAGACACAGAGCUAAGAGACGAGAGCAGAUGGACAAUCAUGAGGGCAAAACAGAACAGAGGACAGAUCAGGAUACACAGGAUUGCUCUGAGGUGCUGUACUGCACUAUACCAUCAGAGCCUACUGAUAAAGCAGAUAAGAAACAGAACGAUUCAGAGGUGAUGUACGCGAGUGUUAAUCUGCAAAGCAAACGCAAAAAAGCUCAAGAAAAGGAUGAUGUGACGUACUCUACUAUAGACCACAGCAAAGCAUCCACACCAGCACAUAAACUGAUGGACACUGGAGAAACUACUGAAUAUGCCAGCAUCAAACUGAAUUAGCAUCAAACAAAAUUAAUAGCAUCAUUCACUGCAUGGUCAAAAUUAUGUGGACACCUGAACAUUGCUCUUCAGUUUUGACUAUUUUGUUCUCUCCCAUUCAAAGAGGUAGGAUACUGGUUUCUAUGACUGGAAAUAACUACCCAUCGGUGUUGCGAAGAUGGCUGCAGAGUGAACAGACUUUCCUAUAAGGGUUCUGGCUAUUUCCACUUUAUUUUUUGUAACUGUUAGCAAUGGGUGUGGUUGAAAUUUCAUUUCAACUGCAAUUAAUGUCCACAUACUUUUAGCCAUGUAAUGCAUACACACACACACACACACACACACACAUACACACACAGUGAAACACAAACACCCAUACUAACAAUCCUAGUUGCUAAUCAGAAACAUUUAUUGUAUGCUAACCAGCUAACUGCAUUUUUGUUGUGCAGUCAGCCUACAGCUAAAAUUCUGUCGACUAUGUGCAAGCAGUAUUUUGCUCUAUGGUAUAAAUGUAUAAAUCUGUAAAGUAAA